UAUUCAACCUUUGAAGAAACAAUGCUGCGUUAUGUAUAUAUUUAUUACGGUAUCCUUUCUCCAGGCUGGUUUACAAUGCGGGCCUGCACCCAGCGCCAAAAUGACUUAAUUGUCAUGUGGCUCAAAUAUUGGAUAGUGUACGCUCUGCUACAGGCCUUAAUGUGUAUAACAGACUCUAUUUACGGCGAAAGGAUUCUCUACACCAUUGUGAAGCUGGUCCUAUCCGUGUGCCUGUGGUUUAGCGUACCGUAUAGCACCGACUAUAUGUACACUCAAAUCGGACAGCAUUUCUGGGAUAUACUUAGACCCAUCAUCAUAUUUGGAUAUCAGUUAGCAAAAUUUCUACUCCGGCUUAUUGCCUUCUUCUUGCAAUUGACUCUCGCAAGUGCUCCUAAUGAUUCUGACGGAAGAGGAGAUCAAAAACGCGAGCCUCUUGUGGAUGGCCAACAACUCCAGCUAGAGCUUAGCAAGCUGCCGACUGGUAUAGAGGGGGAUGAAGCUGAGAUGCGCCACAAUGUAGAACCAAUGGUCCGCCAGAUCGUGCCCGGAUCCUCAACUGACCAAGUCAAUGCUUUGGAAACGCCGGACCAAGAUUCAAUGAAGAGCAUCGUCGAGUAUCUGAACAACAAACUUGAAUAUUCCCAAUCAUCGGAGCAAUGCAUAUCUCUCACCGAAGAGAUUACUAACUAAUGUUAGUAAUCUGGACCAAAAAACAAGACAUUAAAUAUCUGGAAUCUGAUCUGGGAUUAACCGAUACCCCGCGGUUGAUUCAUUUUAUGGGAUUUCACACAGAAGCAGCCGUCAAACGGACAACAUUAAUCGUUAAUUAGAAAAGUUCAUUGCCAGAAAGGGGUACACGUUAAUUGAUUCAUGAAUCGGCGCCAGAAAUCGAUGAUCACCGAUUAUCGGUAGCAAUUUGUUGGCCAAUGGCCCACAUUGUUAUUACAAAUUGGCGGACAAAGUUGUGUGCCGAUAAUAAGUUAAAAACAAAUCUGAACGCUUACACUUGUCCCGGUUCAUCUUCCUGCCCUCGGACAUCUGGAAGGUGCAACUGAUUAAUUACAGACGAGCGGCGACGGCAAGUAGACUGCACAAACAAAAGACUGAAGCAACGAACUCGAAAGGACGCGUGUUGUGGAUUUUUCAAUAAUGAUUUUGCACUGUUCGGAAUGUUGUGCUGACUACAAUCUUAAUGCAAUUAGCACACUAUUAAUCUUGAUCAAAAACCGAAAUUCAACAACUUUGGAAUAACAACCACAAUGUAAAUGACGCAUUCGUCACCCCGUCGUAAAACAAUUUGUUUCAAUUUUAUAUAUCGAUGACUUUUCGUGUUAAUUUUCAUCAUCAUCCCCACAGGGGUCGAAUCAAAGUUCUAGAAACGUUAAGCCGAUUUAUUGUUGAGAUAAAUACUCUGUGAAUUUCCUGUAUUUUAUAAGAUUAUGCGUUUAUAAAUUAAAUAAAGUGUUAAUUUAUUGUAACAGAAGGAA